CCAUAUUCUUUGCUGACUUCCUCUGGCCCCUUCAAAAUAUUACCAAUGACAAACGUAGAACAAAAUAGAUUGGGUUUGAACAACCUCUUGCAACAACGAUAUGGCGCAAGUGCUGCUACUCACUUGCGAUGGAAAAGUGUCAGAAAUGGCACUGACCAUAGUCCUACUUGGAUUGUUAUUGCCUAUAUCGACGAUAUUGAGUACGGGCAGGGGUCCGGUGGCAACAAAGGGACUGCGAAGGAGAUGGCUGCAGGAGUUGCCCUUAGGCAGCUUCGAAGGCAGUGGGCUCAUCUGCUGCACUAGUUGUGUGCCACAAAUACGUCGUUCUCUUCUUUAGUUAGUUUCUUUCAAUAUUGUACCCCAUCCAACUUGCCCUCCUGUAAUUUUGAUCACGGAGCGAGAGACAUCCCGUCGUGUACUUGACAACAUGCAGUUCUACUACUUCUACUUCCAAAUCAAGUCCUAUGC